CUCCCAAAGCUGGAAAGACCAUGAAUUGUUUGAUCCUGAACAUCUUGUGAGACGACAUGGCAAAGAAAGGUCAACCACACACAGCACAAUGGCUGAGAAAAGGAGAGAGAAAACCCUAUGUGGAGCAUGAACCCGUGAACCAUGAGAUCGUGACCUGAGCUGAAAUCAAGAGUUGGACAUGUAACCAACUGAACCACCCAGACACCCCAAGAAUUUUUUCACCAGAUAUAUGAUUGUAGGCUCCAUGCCCAACAUGGGACUUGAACUCAUGGCCCUGAGAUCAAGAGCCGCAUGCUCUACUGACUAAGCCAGCCAGCUGCCCUUAGUAUGCAAUUUUAAUUCAUUGUUGAUUACUUUUAGUAUUUUUGUAAAAAGAUUUUGUUAAAAGUAAUCUCUGCACCCAAUGUGGAGCGUGAACCUAUGAUCUCAAGAUCAAGAGUCACAUGCUCCACCGACUGAGAAGGCCAGGCAUCCCUACUUUUAGUAUUUUUUAAAGUUAUUUUCUUGGCAUUUGCUUUUGGGAUUAUAAUGUGCAUCUUAAAAAAAAACUUUGCUUCAGCUCAGUACUAAUUUAAUCCUGGUAAAAUAAUGAAAAUUUGCUUUAAUGUAGUUCUAUUCUCCAUCCCCUCCUUCAUGCUUUUAUUCUUGUAAACCCAACAAUAUAGUGUUAUAAUUGUUAUUUUACAUAAUCUUAUAUUUUUAAAUCUGUUAAGAGAAAAAAUGCAUGUAUGGUUUUGAUAAUUCCUUAUGUAAGUAACUGUAUAGAAAUUUUUCACUGCUUUCUGUUGGUUUGAAUUACCAUCCAGUGCCAUUCCCCUAUAGGCUGAAGGAUAGUAUGUCUUGUAAUAGACAGACUCUCCUGCCUCUGGGAAAUCACUUUCACUGACAACGAUCCUGGGUGUCUUCACCCAUUGCUCCAAACUGGGUGAGCCAGUUUGGCAAUAGAGAAGGCAAUAGAGAAGCUGCUGGUCCUCAUGGACUUCCCUCCCUCGUAGAGCCCCAUGUUGAUGGCAUAGGUGGAGUCAGCCCCAUAGUAGAACUCCAUAGAGCUUCACAAAGUCCAGCAAGUACUCAAGCAUAAACGCACCUUGGAUUGUUGUAUGCAUUUGGUCAGUUUCCAGGGUGUUGAAAUGGUUGUUUUAGGGCAGUUCCAUCCCAUAUUUCCAGUUGCUUCUAGGGAAGAGAAUUUGACAAUCUCUUCACUCAACUGUUACCAGAAAUCGUGCCUCAAUCACUAUCCUUCCCAACAUUUUUGCAAUUAAUUCCUUGAACCAAAUUCCCUCCAUUUACAACAAAUUUUUAAUAGAGAGAAAAAAAUAUUUUUGAGAGAGAGAGAGAGAGAGAGAGAGAGAGAGAGAGAGAGAGAGACAGAGCAUGAAUGGGGAUGGGGAGCAGAGAGAGAGGGAGACACAGAAUCUAGAACAGGUCCCAGGCUCCAGAGCUUCGAGACAGAGCCUGACGCAGGGCUCAAACUCACAAACUGUGAGAUCAUGACCUGAGCUGAGGUCGGACACUUAACCAAUUGAGCCACUCAGGCAACCCCAGAUUCCCUCCAUUUUAAAUACCUAGAGUCAUUUCUGUUUUCUUGACCAGACACAACUCAGACCCUGUAAUCUUUAGAAACUUACUGAAAGUCCGGGGAUGGCUAAUAAUCUGAAUAGGAAAUCAUUCUCAAAGAUUUGGCACCAUUCAUACACCCCAGUCUUCAGCUUCCUCACUAAUGAAGUGAAACUUUUCAUAACAAUUAAGUUGUUCCAUGGAAUAAGUGAGUUGAUGCGUGGAAAACAUCUGAAACACAGUACACACCUAAUAGGAAUUAAAGUCUAUUUUUCCUGUAGCUUAAGCCCCAUUCCUUUUAGUGUUCUCAAGAAACUGCCAGAAUAUUCCCUCAACAAACCCUUGUGAAAACCCACACGAGGGAACUAGAAAGAAGCCAAGUUAAUUGAACUGCUCAAUGAUUCAUCGUCUGCCUUUCAUUAGCCCUGGUGCCAGAUUUCAUUUUCAUUCCCCACAACAAAACUGCCUGAAGACUCAAAGUUGAAUCUUAUUUUUAUGACUGGAUUGAUUAGCACAGUUCACUUUUCCUCGUAGUUUAGUCUAGUUCUUAUUCUUUUGAAUAAGCAUGACUUUAAAUACUGCAGAAACAGCAGAUCUUCCAUAGCUCCAUGUAUAAAUUAUGAUGUUUGUCAGCAAUCCUGCCUGUGACGUCAGUAGCAGAGUCAGCUAACAGUUGCUGGGCGGUGCCACGGUCUUGAACUGUCGCGUGGAUGUAAAUAGAUUCCUGCUGCUGGUUAAAAACAAAAGACAAAAAACUGGAUUCCUUACAUCUAGAGUGAAUUCAGUGGUCUACUGUUUGCCUUAGAGAGUGGGAAGUAUCGUCUCAGAAAGGGGUCAAAUUAGGUGAACAUCAAGGCAGAGAAAUAUUUAUACAUGUCGGUCAGCGUGGGCUAAGACCACAUCAUACUUCUGUUCAGAGACUAGAAGAGAUGGAAUCUUUUCUCUCAGAAGACAUUGGCUCUAUGAUACAGAACAAGGCCAUUGAGAGAAUCAUCUCCCCAAUGACUGUUCAACUCUGCCAUCUGAUCAUUUCGAUGGAGAAGAAAGACAUGGAAAAUGAAGCAUUUGCCUGUUUGGAGAAGAUGGCGGAAGAAUUGGCCCAAGCUAGUGAAGACUUUGUGCAAGUUGCCAAAAGGCUGGCAGGAGACUCUGAGGAGGAGUGGCUCUGGGAGGAAAUGAGGCCUACUGCUGAGUCUCUGGUCCUGUCUGGGAGGAACAUCGUGCUGGUGGCUCAGAAGCUCCAUCUUCAGCCAGGAUGUCAAAGCCACCAGGAGGAGCUAGUGACUACAGCUCAGCAGAUCCUGGUGGACACCACAAAGGUCCUGCUCCUAGAAGACGCGGCGAUGGCGAGGAAGAUAGUGCGGGCGGCGGGUUGGUGCCUGACCUGCCUGGACGCGCUGGAGGACGCGGACGACGCGGCCUCGCUGCGCGGCCCCUUCGCCGACCUGGCUGCCGCGCUGCUACGCCUGGGCCGCCUGACUGCGCGCGGGCCCGGGGAGCGCCUGGACCACGCCGGCCGCCUGCUGCGGGGCUGUGUCCCCGCGCUGCUCGAGGCCGCCCGCGGCCACCUGCAGCGCCCUUGCGACCCGCAGCUGGCCGCUUCCCAGCGCCACACUUUGGCCCAGACCAGGAAGACCCUAGGCGAGCUGCUGGCGCAGCUGGAGCCCAGCGCCGCGGCCCCAGCGGCCAGCGCCCAGACCGGCGCGCUCACCUGGCGCCUGCGGCGGCUGCGCGAGCUUCUGUCGGCGCCCGGGCACGAGCGCAUGCGCGGCGGCCCUCUAGACGCCCUGUUGGCGGCCGUAGUGUGGCACUGCAUGCGUCUGGCCGCUUGCUCCGCACCGCCCGAGAGGCUGCGCCUGGUGGCCCGCUGCGGCCAGCUGCUGGAGCUGCGGAGCGCCGGGCGCCUGGGUCGGAUCGACAGGCAUCCGGGAGAAGGCCGGGCCUCCGGGAGCCUGGAACCCGGGCAGGAGUGUGCGGAGCUGCAGGCCGCCACUGAGGCCCUGUGCCAAGGAGUCCGCUCUGGGCUGCUGCACCAGAUCCUGGACACGUUCACUGAUACGCAAAGCCCUCUUCAACGACUGGUCCAGGCCGCCUUGGCCACUCGCCCAGUCAGCUCCCUGUGUGAUGGCCAGGCCUUGCCAAAGAAUCUCCAGCUUUUCCUUGCUGCUUUCCGUGACCAGGCCAAGCAGAUGCUCAGAGUGGCUCACUUGGUCUUGGUUUGCUGCCCUCGACAACAAACUGGCAAAGACAUGGAGGUCACCAUGGCAGGCCUUUGGGGGCUUGUGGUCAGAGUGCAGCAACUUUUCUCACAAAGUCCCCAAGGAUCUGGUCUGGACUGGAGCCCAGCUGCCUUGCAGGCCCUGCUUCAGGCAUGGACCAGGGCAUCGGAAGGCCUGUUGGCAUGUUUUGAUGAUGUUCUCAAUAUUCCUGAGUUUCUGAGUGUGUCCAUUCAAGAAAUGACCAAGCACUUGGACUUCUUUAGAUGGGCUUUGAGAAAGGGAGAUUCCAGAGACUUUCCCCGACUUGUGGCAUAUUUACAGGGUCGGGCCACUCACAUAGUGCAGGUGAUGAGCAGGUAUGUGGACCAAGAUCGAGAUCCCAUUUUCCGGAAUGGCCUGAGAGUCUUGAUCCAGCAGCUGGAGCAGUCUUCCCUGUUCCUGAGUGCAGCUGCUGAGUGCUGUUUGGGUGGGCACAGUGCUCAGGACACAGAAGUAUUUUUAACCAUGGCAAAACAUCUGAUUUGUUCAGCCCAGAGCAUCCAAGAAGGGCUGGAUGGGACUAACCACCCAGAUAUCCUCAGCCCACUUCGGGACCAAGUCCAAAGGUUUGACACUGCUAAGGAACAACCUUAUUUUAUUCGCCCCAGCCUCCAGGACUCCACAACUCCUGCACUGGAACACCAGGGAGAACCUGGGUUGGGGGAAAGCAAUUCAGGCAUCUCCUAUCCACUGAGGAACAAUCUUUCCCACCCUUUGAUUCCUGCCAUGCAUCUACAGAGUGGGGACCCUCCACUACCAGCCGUCAGCAAAUUCAUCGUUGCUGUAGGGAGCCAGAGCCACCAGGCAGUGACCACAGCUAGCACCAACCUGCAGGAACAAAACGCCACUGUGGAUGCAGCUCAAGAGGCCUUGGCUGGGGAGGGACCACUGGGGUCAGAGGGGAUGCCUGGACUCCAAGAAAUCCCAACACUAACACCUUCUAUUGUUGACCUAGGAACAGAGAUAGAACCUUGCACGACUGCUAGAACCGGCGGGCUUCCGGAAGUGGCUCUCCAGCUGUCUGGGAGACCCAGGGAAACCGGGCAGGGCUUGGUAGCCAGGGCUGGUGACUGGUACCCUCUGUGUCAACAGCUCUUUUGUCACAACCCAGCAGGUGAUCUUCUAGGGAACAUGGCAGUGUUCAUGGAGCUGCAGCAGAAUUUGGCCUCAAUGGUUCAACUAGCAGCCAAAAGUGAGCCUGUGGAUUGGGGUAAGAAGGACCCUGACUCAGCUGGACGUCCAGAAGCACUUUUACAAAUGCAAGGCAGAUUGGAGGAAGUGCAGACCCAUGCUAAACAGCUGUUGGACAAGGUUCUGGCUUUCGAUAGCCUCCAAGCCCCUACGUCAUGGGACGAAAGCUUUGAGGAUGGGUGCCUUCGAUGGUCAGUGGCUGUCCAAGACCUGCUCCAGUGCAUGGAGAGACUCAGCAGGAGACAAGGCCUGUUCUUACUGCCCCUGCGGCGGGCCGUGAAGGACCAGCAGGGACUGCAGGAAGAGUUGGCCCAGGCAGCAGCUGUUUCUCAGAGGCUACUAGAGGCUGCCAGGCUGUCUGGCCUCCUGUGUGGGGACGCGCAGAUAAAAUGUGAGGUCUCAUUUUUGUGCAGGGAAAUCCAUGUGCUCACAGAUGCUCUGCUGGAUGUGGCACAGAUCCUGGCCUCCUCCCCCAAACCAUCUCCCAGUCUGUCCACACGCUUUGAACUCCUCUGCUUGGAGUUCUCCUUUCAAGCCAAGGCCCUCACUGGCCACCUCAGCAUCAUCAAUGCAGACUAUGAACAUGUCUUCCAAGAUGCCUUCUAUCCAAGGCUCUCUGUCUAUAAAGAACCUCAGGCCAGGCCAGAAAGCUCCCUGGAAAGAAUGGUGUCUGGUAUCCAAGCUGCACAGGGAAUUGUGGCAGGAAGUCAAGAGUCUGGGCCCUGCCAGGAGGACCUUCUUAGGGCUCUGGAGAGCAUUUUUGUCCUCACCCAGGAGGUGGCCCAGAGGGUCCCAGUGCUCCAAGAACACUCAGAGGAGUGGAGAAUGCACACCCUGGACUGGCUUCAGUGGGAGUGGGCAGCCAAAGCCCAUCAUGCCAUGGCCCAGCUCCAGGCCUGGAAAGGUGGUCACACCAAGGCCUGGGCACUCUUGGCCCAGUGCCUGAAGCCCAGUGAUGAGACGGCAGUGAUGAAGCCCAGGGAUGAACAGGCCUCUGCCCAGCCCCAGCUCCACUGUGAGGAGGGUGCCUCAGGAGCUGUUGCAGUGGGCAGUGUGGAUUCUCGGGGUGCUGCCCCAAAAGACACCCCAGGGAACUCAGGGGGGGCCUGCACUGUGGACCCAGACGUCACUGGGACAAUUGCAGCAGACCUGGACACGGAGCAGCCGCACAGCCCAGCACCUGGCUCCACAGGCCCACUGGCCUGGCUGGGCCCUGAGCCGGACCAGCUGCUCCCGGAGGAUGGCGGCGUGGAAGGGGGGAGCAGGAUCAUCCAGAUUACCCGUGAGAUGGCUACAGAGGUGCUCCUGAUGGCUCAGAGUCUGAGGAGGAGAGGACCCGUCUUGACCAAAGAUCAGCUCAUUACCUCUGCUAGGAAAAUCGCGACUUCUGGACAAAAGUUCGCCAGACUUAUCUGCAUCAUCGCCAAGAACUGCAUAGAUCAAAGAUGUUCCCAGGAGCUCUUGUGUGUGGUAGACCAGAUUCAAACAAUGAGCAACCAGCUUCGCAUCAUCUCCAGUGUAAAGGCCUCUCUGGCAAGAAGCAGGUCCUCUGAAGAGGUCCUGCUGGAAAAUGCUCAACAGCUCCUCCGGGCCGUGUCCAAGACCGUGAGGACCACAGAAGCUGCAAGUCUGCGGGGCUUGAGACAGCCUUCCUCAGAUCCAGAAGAACUGGAAGUUGCUGCCUUCUGUGUGCAGUGGAGAAGAAAACUGCUAAGGCACAGACUCCGAGAAACUUCAAACCUGGACUAUGAUGAGCUGGGCCUGCGAAAAACAAGCACAGAAGGGCCCCCAACAUUAGCAGCCCUGGUUCCAGAAGCAUUCUAAAGACUGAGAAAUA